AGCAGGGCCGGCCGUGGUCCCGGAGUGAACCCAGAGGGCCCCAGAGGCCAGGCCCACCAUGGCCCAAGCUCUGCCCUGGCUCCUGCUGUGGAUGGGCUGGGGAGUGCUGCCCGCCCGCUGCUCCCAGCCCGGCAUCCGGCUGCCCCUGCGAAGCGGGCUGGGGGCGCCCCCCCUGGGGCUUCGGCUGCCCCGGGAGACCGCGGAGGAGCCGGAGGAGCCCAGCCGGAGGGGCAGCUUUGUGGAGAUGGUGGACAACCUGAGGGGCAAGUCCGGUCAGGGCUACUACGUGGAGAUGACCGUGGGCAGCCCCCCGCAGACGCUCAACAUCCUCGUGGACACAGGCAGCAGUAACUUUGCAGUGGGGGCUGCCCCCCACCCUUUCCUGCAUCGCUACUACCAGAGGCAGCUGUCCAGCACGUACCGGGACCUCCGGAAGGGCGUGUAUGUGCCCUACACCCAGGGCAAGUGGGAGGGGGAGCUGGGCACCGACCUGGUGAGCAUCCCCCACGGCCCCAACGUCACUGUGCGCGCCAACAUCGCUGCCAUCACUGAAUCAGACAAGUUCUUCAUCAAUGGCUCCAACUGGGAGGGCAUCCUGGGGCUGGCCUAUGCUGAGAUCGCCAGGCCCGAUGACUCCCUGGAGCCGUUCUUUGACUCCCUGGUAAAGCAGACCCACGUUCCCAACCUCUUCUCCCUGCAGCUCUGUGGCGCAGGCUUCCCGCUCAAUCAGUCGGAAGUGCUAGCCUCAGUUGGAGGAAGCAUGAUCAUCGGGGGUAUCGACCACUCACUGUACACGGGCAGCCUCUGGUACACACCCAUCCGGCGGGAGUGGUACUACGAGGUCAUCAUUGUGCGGGUGGAGAUCAACGGGCAGGACCUGAAAAUGGACUGCAAGGAGUACAACUACGACAAGAGCAUCGUGGAUAGUGGCACCACCAACCUUCGUUUGCCCAAGAAAGUGUUUGAAGCUGCCGUCAAAUCCAUCAAGGCAGCCUCCUCGACGGAGAAGUUCCCGGACGGGUUCUGGCUGGGGGAGCAGCUGGUGUGCUGGCAGGCAGGCACCACCCCUUGGAACAUUUUCCCGGUCAUCUCCCUCUACCUAAUGGGCGAGGUCACCAAUCAGUCCUUCCGCAUCACCAUCCUUCCACAGCAAUACCUGCGGCCAGUGGAAGACGUGGCCACGUCCCAAGAUGACUGCUACAAGUUCGCCAUCUCACAGUCCUCCACGGGCACUGUGAUGGGAGCUGUGAUCAUGGAGGGCUUCUACGUCGUCUUUGAUCGGGCCCGAAAGCGAAUCGGCUUUGCUGUCAGUGCUUGUCACGUGCACGAUGAGUUCAGGACGGCGGCGGUGGAAGGCCCGUUUAUCACCCCGGACAUGGAGGACUGUGGCUACAACAUCCCACAGACAGACGAGUCGACCCUCAUGACCAUAGCCUACGUCAUGGCAGCCAUCUGCGCCCUCUUCAUGCUGCCGCUCUGCCUCAUGGUGUGCCAGUGGCGCUGCCUCCGCUGCCUGCGCCAUCAACACGAUGACUUUGCUGAUGACAUUUCUUUGCUGAAGUGA